AACUCUCACUCUUCAAGGGAAACUAUUUCAGUUGCUGUCACUGCUCUGAGGAAAAUUCAGCUACUACACUAUUUGUCUGGUAACAUGACCAGCAAGAAAGUAAUUGCAGUGUUUGGAGCAACAGGAGCUCAGGGUGGCUCUGUGGCCAAGGCCAUUUUGGAGAGCAAAAAGUUUGCUGUGAGAGCUCUGACCAGGGAUGUGACUCGACCCAAUGCAUUGGUGCUCCGUGACCUUGGUGCUGAAGUGGUAAAAGGGGACCUGAAUGAUGAAGCAUCAGUGGAGGCUGCCUUAAAAGAUGCCUAUGGGGCCUUUGUGGUGACCAACUUCUGGGACCAUCUCAGCAAAGAGAAAGAAGUGUGUCAGGGAAAGUCGGUGGCGGAUAUCGCCAAGCGCCUGGGUCUGAAGCAUGUGGUGUACAGUGGCCUGGAGAAUGUCAAGCGCCUGACUGGUGGAAAGUUGGAAGUUGAGCACUUUGAUGGGAAGGGAGAGGUAGAGGAAUAUUUCUGGUCCAUUGGUGUUCCUAUGACCAGCGUCCGCUUGGCAGCUUACUUUGAAAACUUCCUCACCAUGUGGAAGGCUGUGAAAGCCUCUGAUGGAGAUUACUACACCUUGGCACUGCCUAUGGGGGACAUACCAAUGGAUGGCAUCUCCGUUGCUGACGUUGGAGCAGUUGUCUCUAGCAUUUUUAAUUCUCCAGCAGAGUUUUUAGGCAAAGCUGUGGGUCUCAGUGCAGAAGCAUUAACAGUACAGCAAUAUGCUGAUGUUUUGUCCAAGACUCUGGGGAAAGAAGUCCGAGAUGCAAAGAUCACCCCAGAAGCUUAUGAGAAGCUGGGAUUUCCUGGAGCGAAGGAAAUGGCCGACAUGUUUCGAUUCUAUCACAUGAAGCCAGACCGUGAUGUCCAGCUCACCCACCGACUAAACCCCAAAGUCAAAAGCUUCAGCCAGUUUAUCUCGGAGAACCAGGGAGCCGUCAAGGGCAUUUAAGCUGUUCAAACAGCCCCUGACCAUGCAAAUGUCUCCUCCAUGAUUCUGGUCCUCUUGACAGCACAUCUCCAUUUUAGAACAGAAAGGUUAGAAUGCAAUCGUUUGCGACACCAAAGGCUUCCCCGAAGUUCUCUCUUAAGUAGGAAACAUGGAAACAGCGACUGAACAUAGUAAUUCGAGUCACAUCUAACUUUCCAGCUACUGAUAGGUUGGGACACCGGUGUGGUUAGAUAAGAAGCCCCAAACCCGGCACCAGCGCCUCCCAACAGCCAGGUCCCCCCACCCCAAGGCUCUGGCUGGAGGAGCCCGGAGCACCUUCCCCCACACAAAACAGGGCGGGGGGGCAGCCACUCAGCCUUCUCCCGCCCAGUGAUCCUGAGCCCUGGCUCUGCAACUCCCAUCGGCAGCUCCAGCUGUUUUUCAAGUGCGUUGUCACAUUCUUAGUGAACUUUUAAGUAAUUUAAAUUUCUCAAAAAUCUUUUCAGGGAAACUUCUGGGGAGCACGACAUCCAAUGAACAAGCACAAGUGUUAGAGACUCUAAAGUUCAGUUUUACUUCCAGGUUGACAGUUCCUUCUCUGGUUCAUUCACUAAAUCAUCUAUUGAAUCAUUCAAUUAUUCAUCUCUCCAUUCCCCUAUUCUUCAUUUAGGCAUUUUACAACUUUAUUUUUAGUGCCAGUGCUGAUGGUGCAUUUGCAGACUUCUCUCCCCUCCGGUGUGUUUUCUUAUCAGACUGGUCCACGCUUCAAAGGCUGCCAUGGCUCCUAUUCAGCUUGUGGUUGGCUUCGUGUCAUGCUAGGGCAAGGGGGCCAUCUACCCAUUUAGGUGAAAGCAAAACCCAGAGGCUCUGCAGUGGGUGAAGGCAGGGCUUGAGGGAAGAGCUGGGGAAAGGUAAGGAAGUGGAAAGAGGAGUCGAUGGGAGGGCCCCCGUAGUAUCUUUGCAUAUCUCUGGCUGAGCAUUUUCUACACUGCAUUGUAACUGCCUCAUUUACUAGUCUUCCUCUUGGCUGUGAGUGACUUGUACUCCUCCCUAUCCUGGUGCUUGGUGCAUGACAGGAGAUCAAUAAAUGUUGGUUUUCUAAAUGAGUGAA